UUAUAAAGUAUUAGUAUCGUGCAUAAAAAAUUAAAUCUCAUGUUAAAAUACUAGUGGUUUUAAACAGUGUUUGUGGUUUUUUUAUUGUUUCAAAUUUGGAAUCGUUUUGCUCAAGUGACGAAUGAUAUGCCAAGAUGACGCUGUCCAACAGCCGUCAGCAAUUCUUGGCGUACGAGUCGCACGGCGCUGAUGACAUCCAAUAUGGAAGAAAGGGCGGAAUGUUCGUUUCUACAUGCGUAUGCGUCAGUUUGGUGAUCUUAUCAGUCAUCGUAGCUGCCCUAGUUGGCGUUUUAGUAUACUUCAUAACUUAUUUUAAGAUCUCUCAUGGCCAAACAACAGAAUUCUGGGAUGAAACAGAGCCCUUUGGCCUGGCGAACUCACCAUCUCCAGACCUUAGGCUCCCUUCCAGUGUGGUACCGAGUUUCUAUAGAUUAAAACUUACCACAGACUUGGAGAAUUCAAAUUUCUCGGGUGAAGUGUAUAUAACGAUCAGGGCCAAUCAGAGAGUUAAGGAGAUAAUAUUGCACUCCAAAAACCUCAGUAUUAAUGCAGACGCUAAACUCACAGAGCAAAUAUAUGAGAAAUUUGAUGUAUUACUUGGUAGAUCAAAACGAGAUAUCAGUGAGAAUAUUACUGUUCCAUUAGUAGAUAAUGUUACUAGUACAGUUGUAGAGAAUAUUACAGAAUCUAGUACGAGAAAUGAAACUACUGAAAAUGGAACAAUUGUUACUGAAACACCUAUAUCUAUAGAGCCUGACACUACUCAUGUAACAGAGACAACUCCAAUGACACCUAUAGACACCCAAAUAACUCAUAGUACGGUCCGGAAUAUUAAAAUCCUGUCAAUAACAGAAAGUACUGGAGACAGGCUAAUUCUGACAUUAGCUUCAUCUCUCACACCUAAUGUGGAUUAUACACUGCAGUUAUCAUUUAAAGGAGAUAUUUCGAAUUCAUUAACUGGUUUCUACAAAAGCACAUACACAAACAGUCAACAGGAAGUCAAAAAAUUAGGUGCUACCCAGUUUGAACCAACUUCAGCCAGAGCUGCGUUCCCAUGUUUCGACGAGCCGGCAUUCAAAGCGAAAUUCGAAAUAAGCAUUGCACAUCCAACAAAUAUUACAGCUCUGUCCAACAUGAAAGUUAUCAAUGAAGAACCAAUCACUGAGAGACCAGGGUGGCAAUGGACACACUUCGACAGGUCCGUCAACAUGUCCACAUACCUUGUUGCUUACAUAUUAUCAGACUUCAAAUCACUGAAUACCACUUACCUAAGUAAAGACAACAUAACCAAACCAAUCAGGGUAUGGACCAGACCAGAACUGAUAGAUAAAGCUAAAUACGCUAUUAGCAUUACGCCCAAACUGUUGGAUUAUUAUGAAGACCUCUUCGGAGUUCCAUAUGCAUUAGAUAAGCUAGAUCUAAUAGCGAUACCGGAUUUCUCGAGUGGUGCCAUGGAAAAUUGGGGCCUAAUCACUUUUAGGGAAACAACACUCCUCUUCGACGAGAAGGAAGGUGUACCUCGCGACAAGCAGAAUGUGGCCAUUGAUAUCGCCCAUGAACUGGCUCACCAGUGGUUCGGAAAUCUGGUCACCAUGCGGUGGUGGACCGAUCUGUGGCUCAACGAGGGCUUCGCCACAUAUGUGGAGUACGUCGGGGUUGAUCGCAUUGAACCAAGUUGGAAUAUGCUAGAGUCAUUGACUCGAGACAAAAUGGACCUGCUAAGGUCUGACGCACUGAAGAACACAUCACCUGUAUCCAGGAAAGUCAUUGAUGCAUCGGAAAUAUCGCAGAAGUUCGACGAGAUAUCGUACACUAAAGGGAGCAACUUGAUUCGUAUGCUGAACCACACAAUCACCGAAGACCUGUUCCAUAAAGGACUAGUUAUUUACCUUAAUGAUUGGAAAUACACGAACGCCGAAGAAAAUGACCUAUGGGCCGCUAUGUCAAAAGCUACCGCCGCCCUCCCGGAUUUCAAGGAGUUGUCUCUGGUAAAGUUCAUGAACAGCUGGACUCGCCAAGCCGGGUAUCCGGUCGUCAACGUCAUACGGAACUACGAGACUGGGGAAGUGGAAUUUCAACAGAGGCUAUUCACAAGUACCAAAGAACCGUACCAAAACAUGGUGGAUCAGUUAUGGCAUAUCCCCAUCAGCUAUACCGCGCUCACUACAGCUGCUCGCAAUGAAUGGAGCGCCCAGCCCAAGUUAUGGCUCAGCGAGCGUGCUAAAACUGUCAUCCUACCUGUUAACCAAAGUCAAGCUUUAUAUAUCAACGUAGACGCUGUUGGUUAUUACCGUGUGAAUUACGACAAAAAGAAUUGGGAGUUACUCAGCAAAGCGCUGAAGUCUGGGCACGUGAACUCGCCGAUAACAAAGGCACAACUCAUUGAUGAUGCCUUCAAUUUGGCUAAAGCCGCUCAACUGAACUAUAGCUACGCGUUGGGUCUCACCACCUGUGUCAUAGAUGGAGAGGAUGCCAAGAUUGUUUGGGACCUACUCUUGAAUAAUAUGGGAUUUUUGAGACACAACUUGAAGGCCACUUCAGGAUUUAUUUACUUUCAGGAUUACAUGAGGCUAAUAUUGAAGACUCAGCUAGAAAGACUAAAUUAUGGACUAGAGAAACCAAAGAACGAUAAUGAGGCAUUCCUUAUUGAGAAUUUGGUGAUGUGGGAGUGCUUCGUCGAAUCACCUAGGUGUUUGCGGUGGGCGAGGGAUGAGUUUAAUAAAUGGGCAAAUCAAACAGACAUUAAUAAUAAUCCUAUACCAAGCUACCUUCGUUCGCUAGUGUACAACAUUGUACUAAAACAUGGUGGUCGCGAGGAGUUCGAAUUCCUCUGGAACGUGUUCCUGAACUCCACCGAUCCCACUGUCAAGAGUAUCGUCAUCAACAACCUGCCGAGUACCAGCAGGGAGGGGCUCAUCACUAUGUUGCUGGAGAAGAGUAUAACGGAGAUCCCGAAGCAGUACGCCAUCGCGGCGUGGACCGUAGAAGCUCCACUGGGUACCAGACUGGCGCAGGACUUCCUCAUCAACAACUUCCGGCGCGUCUACGACAGAUUCACAGCAAUGGAUCCCUUCAUGUUCCCCACGGUGCUCAGCGGAGCCUUCGGGUUCAUAUCCAAUAUUGAUGAACUCAAUAAGCUGAAAUCAUUCGCAAUGCAACACAAAGAAGAGUUGUUGCCGAUGUCGCAGACCUUACAGAAGUUGAUCGACGCGGCGACGCUACGCAUUGAGUGGAUCAAGCGCUACUCCGCUGACAUCAAUCGCUGGUUCCAAGAUUAUGUUACUAGCAAAUCAUCACCAGUCCCCGUUACAAACGUCACAACGCCAGUUCCAUACAGUCCUAACAACGCAACAGGAGGGUUGAACAUCACAGAAGUAAUCACCACGAAUAUUCCAGAAGAUACGCCUCAAAAUACUACUAGUCUAUAAUUAAAAUCUUUCCAGUAUGGUCAACAGCGAAAAUCGUAUCCCAGUGAACCGUAUCACCAUGUAAUAAGGUUCGUAUGUCGACCGCGCAUCAUUCGUUUAACUCGCUGCUGACUGUACGUAUCUUUCGUUACUUGUACAAGACAAAACUUAGUGAAAUGUGUAAAUGAUUCUACUUAUUUUUUUAAAUUUUGAAUAAUUGUAAAUAAUAUUUGUUGUAAUUUUGUAUAAUGGAAAUUCGUUGUGUUCUAUUAAUAAUGUAUAAAAGUCUAUGUGUAAUCGGUGUCGCGAAUUUUCGACGUACGAUUUUUUACGCGCGUUUUUUUAAUCAGGCAUUUCAUUUGAUUUCUACGUAUCGAAUCGUACGAUCAAAAUUGGCAACGCUAGUACAUUAAAAAUUAAAAAGACCAUAGACAACUUUGGUAUAAUAUUAAUCAGUGUUGCCAGAUAUACUGAUUUUGUUACUACAUCACAAUAUGUUAAAAUAUUUACGUAUUUACACAGUAAUCUGGCCAUUGCAAUAAUCAAGCAAUAAUUCUAAUUCCGUUCUAUGUACAGUCACCACCAAAAUAUUAUUAACACACACAAAUUAACAAAUUGUUUAUACACUGUUACAGAUGUAAAUCGUUGACCAAAUUGAACUAAUUUUGAUACAUUGAUCUCAUA